AUGGGGAAGCCAGGGGGGAGCCCCGGGGGGCACAGCCGGGCCGGGACACUGAUCUCGGCCGACCGGAGCAAGCAGAUCUUCGCGCCCCCCGUGAUCACGCAGACGCGGCACUUUGCCACCCAGCCGGCCUUUGCACCCGGCACCCCAGAGCACGGGCAGUACCAGAGCGGGCAGGCUGGGCACAGCCCCUACGCCGUGGGGCAGGGCCAGCACUUCACCCCGGGCCAGGCCGUGCCCGUCAGCUACGCCAGCAGCCAGCCCAUCCGCGGCCCCUCGGCCUUCCCCACCAUGCAGUACCUGUCGCAGCAGCCGCCGGGGUACGCGCUCCAUGGGCACUUCCCCCCCGCCCAGCCAGGUUUCAUCCCCCCCAGCACAACCAUCCCCCUGCAGAAGCAACUGGAACAUGCCAACCAGCAGUCCGGCUUCACCGACUCGUCGACCCUGCGCCCGAUGCACCCCCAGGCCCUGCACCCCAACCAGACCCUGCUGCCCAGCCCCCAGCUCCCCGUCCAGAUGCAGCCCGCCAGCAAGUCUGGCCUGGCCUCCCCCGGGAGCUUCCCCCACGGCUCCACCCCCCAGCAGCCCCACACGUCGGGCUUCCCCGCCAGCAGCCAGCCGGCCUCGCGUCAUGCCUUCAUCCAGCAUGCCCAGGGCCAGCGCUUCUACCACAAGUGAGCCCCCGCCUGGCCCGCGGGGCGCCCAGCUCUGGGGAGGGGCCCGCACAGACGCGCCCCCCCCCCAAUAAAUGGGGAGAUGCCA